ACUAAUUCCUCAAAUCUAUAAAACUGCAUUCAUAAUGGGGGUCUGCUGGACUAGACACAACCAGGCCUGAUUACUGCAAACCCUGUUCAAUCAAAUCAACACUUAAGUAGAACUGGUUAAAAGGUCUUACCCAGUAACACACUAUGCCACUAUGUGAAUGAAAUACAUCAGCAUGGGAAGGGUUACAACGCUAUUUCGAAGGCUCUGGGACUCCAAGGAACCACAGUGAGAGUCAUUAUCUCAAAAUGAGAAAACUGGGCACAGUAGUGAACCUUCCCAGAAGUGGACGACCUUCCAAAAUUCCUCCAAGAGCACAGCAACGCCUCAUCCAGGAAGUCACAAAAGAGCCAGAAAUGAAUUCUGAUGCUGAUUUGCUGAAGAUGAAAUGUUUGUUGGGAAGAAGAAGAAGAUUGAUUCACUGCACACUUUUUAAUGUAUCAUUUUUCAUCUUUGCUUUUGACAAUCUAUGAGGAAGUCUUUCAGAAGUCAAAGGGCUCGAGUCCAAGUGGAGUCAUUAAUGUCAAAGUAGAGUCGAGUCUUGUCAAGCUGGGACUCAGUGUACUGUAGAGUAUAAUAGCGCGAGGUCCUCCGGCCGCUGGGUGGCGCUGUGAGCUCCGGGCCUCAGGAAAUAAACACGCUGACAUUGAACCGGCUGCAGGAGGAACGUCAAACAGGAGUGAUUGAACAGUUCGCUGAUGCGUGAUGUGCGCUGUGGGCCUGUGUACGCACGCAUUCACGUGUGGAGAGAAGGAAACAGAUCCAGCCGGCCCUAGAGCCUUUCAUACUGGACUGCUAAGGGCACUUUAUAAGUUCACCCUUCCUCGAGUGCAUGCAGCUGACAUUGUUGAUCCACAGGCCAGUCUUCAGUCUUUACCAAAACAUGUGGGCAAGCCAGAGUUCCCGGACACAGGAUGGGACCGCAUUAAAGACCUGUUCAACCGAGGAGAUGGACAGGCGUACUCUGAAGAGGUGAGUAAUGUGGCGAAGGGUGCUCUGACCGCGGCCUUGGUGGGACUGUUUUACGGAGGCCUGCCUGGAGGCCGACAUGCCCGUGAGAGAUUCAUCCAGCUGAGCCAGGCUGAGAUUUACCGCAGCAGAGUGGAGGCAGUGCGUUCGGCUCAUAACGCGGCCAUCCGAGGCUUUGUGAGAUACGGCUGGAGGUGGAGCUGGAGAGUCGGCGCCUUUGUUACGCUUUUUAACACUAUCAGUACAGGGAUUUCUGUCUACAGAGACAGUAACUCCUUGAGUCAUUUCGCUGUGGCGGGAGCUGUGACCGGAGGCGUGUUCCGGAUGAAUCUGGGCCUCAGGGGAUUGGUGGCAGGAUCAGUUAUUGGAGCUGCAUUGGGUGUGCCUGCUGGGGCGUUAAUUGUUGGGCUACAGAAGCUGGGAGGAGAGACCAUGCGUGAAAAGCGACGACGAGAACGAAGAGAACUGUACGAGCUCAGGGUGGCUGAAUGGAAUGCACGUCUACAGCUAACUGACGAGAUAAUCGGUGAAUUUAGUGGCCGGGACAAAGACACAGAAGGUGACCUUCAGCGAAUAAAAGAGCUCCUUAGUCAACCAAGGAAUGAGGAAUCGGCAAAGGAGUCUUAACAGAUCUGAUUAUAGUGACUGACUUAAUUUAUAGACUAUAACAUUAUUAUGCUCACAAAUGAAGAGCACUGGCUCGUCAGAUGGGAGAUUUCUUUACUGGAUUUAAGCUUGAAGCUAAAACGGUUGUUCGCAGACAAGCAACGAACCACAUGGCCCAUCAUGUCCUGAAUAUUUCUGUCAUUUCAGCAGUCACAGCUCAUUUUCACCCUUAUAUGUUGAAGUCCACACUGUUCAGACCGUUGCUCUUUAAACUAACUGAAUCGGUAAGUUGUUUUCUUGUGUGUCUUCGGUGCAAGAUAUUUGGAAAGCUUGUGACAAACAAAAGAAAAUAUCAGAGCUGUUGGAUUACAGACUUGUAAUGGUUUGAAUUUUAUUUGUUAACAAGUAGAGCACGGAAGCACAAAACUCAAUGACUCUUAUGUGUGUGUGGGCGCAUGUGUGUGAGAGAGUAAAAUAUGGUGCUGCGAGCUUGUCACAUGCCUUGGCCCCUUCUGGAAACAAGAUGUGACAGCAGCUGCGGCUCCAUGUUCAACAUGUGGAUAAAUACAAACACAGACAUGCGGCACCACCAAGAGGACAAAUUCAGGGUUACAUGAGUACACUCAUUUCAUUUUAAGACCAUUUUUCGAUUUCACAAGGUUUUAAAAAUGUAGUCUUUCAUACAUGAAGCUUAAAAAUAAAGUACUCACAUUAUUUUGGUCAGAGAUGGACAUUUGUGCAUAAUAAUAACAGGAAUUAUUUUCCUUUUCAAGGGAAAUAAAAUUCAAAGAAGAAUAUAAACAUGCCAAAAAUCUUGUAUCUAACGUCUAAUUAAAUUUUUUGUUUUCCUCA